UCAACCUUUUUUUUCAAAUAUUUUAUGUGUGGGUCACAUUGUAAAAGGUAAUUCUUAUUUGUCAGUCACUGUGAAGAACGUUAUCAAGUUACAGAGAAGCAGAGUACCGGCGGUAGAUAUUUAGUGUGACAACUCGCAAAGUGUGCGCUCCCACGCCUACAAAGGAACACACGGGCUGCGCAUUGAUUUGCCCAAGGUAUGCUGCCACGAUUAAGAGAGCGGAUUGGUCAAGCCAUGAAGGUCCCGCCUAUGGCACCUUGUUGACCAAUGGCUGCGCGGCCAAAAUGGGGCGGGAGUAGGGGCGGGGCGAGCCUCUCGCGGGCACAUUAAGUAGCGGCUGCGUGGAUGCUCUGGUCCGUCAGCCGCUAGAUUAGCCCUACGACGGCCGAACUGGGUGGUGGAGAGUCCGACGGAAACGUCGUGGGACGUACCGGAUUUUUUUUUCAGAACUAUGUCUAGACAAGAAACAGGCGCCAACGCCUCCUCCAGAGUCGUUGCUUCCCGCCGAAGCUCGGCGGUGUCCCGGGCUCCGGAGCGGAGACCGGCGCAAGAGCCGAAUCGAAGAGGUCGUGGGGGCCGUAGGGGCGGCAGGGGUGGUAGAGGUGGCGGCUGGAGGGACACCGCCGGCCCCCCAGAAUCCCCGGCCGCUGGCCCCGAGGAACCGCCGCUCUGCUUUAGAUUGAAGAGCGACUUGGUUGGCGUGGUGAUCGGUCGUGGCGGGUCAAAAAUAAGAGAUAUCCAAAGUACGACAAACACCAAAAUACAGAUAAUAAAAGGGUAUCCUGAAGCAGAAGUCAAAAUUUUUGGAAGUACGGUGAUGCAGACGAAAGCAAAAGUAGUGAUAGAUACUCUUGUUAAAAAGCAAGAAGAAAACUACAAUGCAGAAUCCAGAGUUGCUAUUGUUGCAUUUCAACCUUCUGCUGGAAGAAAUGUAAGCAUAGACAACAAUGUUGACACAGAAGAUGAGAUAGACUGGGACCAAAUUCGAGAAGAUGCUUUGAAAUGGAAAAAACAAAAGUGGGCAGACUUGCCUCCAAUUAAGAAAAACUUUUACGUAGAGUCAGCAGAAACAAGCUCUAUGUCACAAGUGCAAAUAGACAAUUGGAGGAAGGAAAAUUAUAAUAUAAUGUGUGAUGAUUUGAAAGAUGGUGAAAAACGUCGUAUCCCUAAUCCUACCUGUAAAUUUGAGGAUGCUUUUCAGUGUUAUCCUGAAGUUAUGGAAAAUAUAAAAAGGGCAGGUUUUCAAAAGCCAACACCAAUUCAGUCACAGGCAUGGCCAAUAGUUCUUCAAGGAAUAGAUCUUAUAGGAGUAGCCCAAACUGGAACCGGGAAGACAUUGUCCUAUUUAAUGCCUGGAUUUAUUCAUCUUGACUCUCAACCAGUAGCUAGAGAUAAAAGGCUUGGACCUGGCAUGCUAGUCCUUACGCCUACUAGAGAAUUAGCUCUUCAAGUGGAAGCUGAAUGUUCUAAGUAUUCAUAUAAAGGUCUUAAAAGUGUUUGUAUAUAUGGUGGUGGAGAUAGAGAUGGACAAAUACAAGAUGUUACAAAAGGUGUAGAUAUCAUUAUUGCAACUCCGGGAAGAUUGAAUGAUCUGCAAAUGAAUAACUUUGUCAACCUGAAAGGCAUAACCUACUUGGUUUUAGAUGAAGCAGACAAGAUGCUGGACAUGGGAUUUGAACCCCAGAUAAUGAAGAUUUUAUUAGAUGUGCGUCCAGACAGGCAAACUAUUAUGACAAGUGCAACUUGGCCACAUGCUGUCCGUCGACUUGCAGAGUCUUAUUUGAGAGACCCUAUGAUUGUAUAUGUUGGCACUUUGGAUCUAGUUGCUGUAAAUACUGUGAAGCAAAAUAUAAUUGUUACCACAGAAGAAGAAAAACGAAGUCAUAUUCAGAUUUUCCUAGAGAGUAUGUCUCCCAAAGACAAAGUCAUUGUGUUUGUCAGCAGAAAAGCUGUCGCUGAUCACUUAUCAAGUGACCUGAUUCUCCGACGCAUAUCAGUUGAGUCUCUUCAUGGCAACAGAGAACAGAGCGAUCGGGAGAAAGCAUUAGAGAACUUUAAAACAGGUAAAGUGAGAAUAUUGAUUGCUACUGACUUAGCAUCCCGAGGUCUUGAUGUCCACGAUGUCACACAUGUCUAUAAUUAUGAUUUCCCCCGGAACAUUGAAGAAUAUGUCCACAGAGUAGGGCGCACUGGAAGAGCAGGGAGAACUGGUGUGUCAAUUACUCUUAUCACCAGAAAUGACUGGAGGAUUGCCACUGAAUUGAUUAAUAUUUUGGAAAGAGCAAAUCAGAGUGUCCCAGAGGAUCUUGUGUCAAUGGCUGAGAGAUAUAAGGCCAAUAAACAGAAAAAGGAAAUGGAAAAAAAAUUGGGAAGACCUCAAGGGAAACCCAAGAAGUUUUAUUAUUAAUGUGUAUAAUGAAAAGUGGUACCAGGCCACUGGAGGUAAAAACUAACUAACUCAUGGACUUGCAGAUGCUUGCUUUCUCUUAAACUAGGCUUUAUUGGUAUGCUUAAUUCAAUCAGCAUUAUCUCUAGGAAUCUUUUUUUCAAUAAGUGUUACUCUUACAGUAUUUUAUUUAGGUUUAGAAGUUGUACUAAUUUAGAGUUGAGAGAAUAAAUUUAAAUUAUACAAAAAGAUCUGUAAUAAGAGUUGGUAGAGCUAUAACUUGGUAUAACUUCUUUGGAGAACAAUUUGGUAAUGUAUCAAUUGCAGUACACAUACCCUUUGAUCCAGGAAUUCCUCUCCUAGGAAUGUAUUCUAGAAAUAUAUUUGCACAUACAAGUAAAGAUUUAUGUAGCAGCAAAAGACAACAACCUAAAUGUCCAGUAGGGGAC